UUCUUGACGCUAGAGGGCACAUUGCAAAAUGGAUGCUGAAAAAUUAAAAGUUUUGGUGGGAGUUUUCCUCAUAUUUUUACCACUUAUCUCAUCUCAGAGCAAAUAUUCAAAGGAAAAGAAUGAACCAAAAGAUAAAUACAAGAUGGAGACCCCUUUUAGGAUGAACAAGAUAAAUUUGGUGUGGCAGAAAGCAAGAAAAAGAAUAGCUGCCAAUAGAGUGACUGACCUGUAUGCAGACCUCAAGUUCCAAGACAGCAUGGAGUUAGAUGCCAAGAGAAAGAUGGCAGAAGGACUUGACCCAGAUGGAGCAUAUGAGAAUACAGUUCGCAGAAAAUUCUUUGGGAUACUAGACCGUUAUAACUUACGAGAACUAGGCGAUGAUUCUGAUCCAGUUGCAAGAGAGGUGAAUGAAAUACACAAACCUGAUGAAGAUAUUGAUGUAAAGCUUGCAAAUAUGGACCCUAAGAUAAGGAAACUCAUGAAACAAGCAGAGCUAGCAGGAUUAGACGAUGAGGAAAUGUCUGACUUGAAGACUGAACUAGAUCACCACCAGCUUCGCGUUGAUGAGUACAACGUCCUCAAAAAUGAAAUUGAUAUCAUGGAUGGGUUGGAUACAAAUUCUAUAGAAGACCUGAAAGAUGUUGAUACUGACUGGAAAUAUGCAGAAAAACGUAGAAAGAAACUAAAAGAAGACCACCAUAGUGUGAAGGAAGGCUAUGAGAGACUGGAACUUAUGGCUAAGAAGAUGGCAAGUGGCACUUCUAAUGAGUUAGAGUUCACAGAGCCAAAAGUGUAUGAUCUUUGGGUAACUGCCCUUAAGGGGAACUUCUCAGUACAGGAAUUAGAAUCUCUUAAAAAAGAGCUACAUCAUUUUGAACACAAGCUGAAAAAGCAUGAAUACAUAAAGAAUGAGGUGUUGCUGUCAGAGGCCAGUCUGAGGCAGAGUGGCCAAAAGUUGGAUGGUGACAGUCCAGAAAAACAUGAAAAUCUUAUUAAAAAAGAAAAAGAUUACCAAUAUAAGGUUAAGAAAUAUCACACAGAUCUGCGUACAAGAAUAGAUAAAAUGUUAAGACACUCUGAGUUAUGAUAGUGAUCUGCUGGAAAUACAAUGACAACCACCCUAUGAUGGUAAGGAAACACUAGAGGAACUACAUUAAAACCACUCAGAACUGCCAGGAAAAACAGAAAGAAUCUGAAUUAUUAAUCUAAAGUCAAGGGAAGUUGAAAUGGAACAAUGAUUUGAAUGAAUUUGGGUUUGGAGUUGAAUUUAUGUCAUAACUCCCAUCAAGUAGGAUUGGCUCCCAGGAUGCAACUCUAUUUUCCAACUAUGAAGACCUCAAAAUAUCAUUACUUUCUGAAAUUAUAACCACUAAAAAUUCAAAAUAAACAGUCCAAAAGAUUUGAACCAAUAUCUCGAUCAUUUCUUGUGAGUUUUAGAAUUAUUUGUUUAGGAGACCAAAAUUCACGAUUC